UUACGUGUAUAUCGCGCGCCUACUAUACAGCACUACUAUACAAGUCAUCAUUGUUAUAUAGACUGCAAAUGUGCUGCUGGCUGGCCCGUGUGUAGUGCGCGAUCUAGUCAAUAAUCGAGCGCGUAUAUUUGUGUAUCUAGAAACGAGUAAUAACAGCGUUUUCUGCUGCUCUUGCUCCGAGUCAUCGUGUGACUGACUGACUGACUGGCUGGCCUGUCUGCCCCUCGCUUGCGAGCUGACGACGACGACAACGACGACUCUUUUUUGCGCCUGUAUAUGCCUUUUGCUCGAGCUCCGAAUUUACCUUUGAACGCUCGAUUUAGGUUGAACGCUUUGAACCUGUAGAAUCAGAGUGAUGUCAAGCUGAUCUUGCAAAUAGCUGGAUUCUCGACUCGACUCCGAGUUUGAUAAACGAGUUUUCGAGCGGUGUAUAGGUGUUUGUGUGUCCGUGCGUGUCUGUAUGUGCGUGAGUGCAAUAAAGUCUAUCAAAGUGUGCCCAUCCUUACAUAUUAUACGUCGCGCUCGUAAUCGUCGUAACGAAUCGAUCAAUUAUUCUACUUUCGUGUACGACUCGACUGCUACAUGGAUACUGUAUACGUGUAGCUAUAUAUAGGCGCAAAAAAUUAUUUUCGACGCGCUUAUCAACACGACGACGGGGCUAGCAAGUAAUCUCCCGUACGUGCCUAGGUGUACGUGUGAGAAAUAAUAAUAAUAAUUACACAAGUAUCCUGCGAGGAUGGACGGCAACAAGGACGAAGCCGAACGCUGCAUCGACCUAGCCGAGCGUUACGUGCGCGAAAAGCGCUUCGAGGAAGCCGAAAAGUUUUUAAAGAAAGCUCAACGACUCUAUCCGACCAAUAAAGCCGAGGAUUUGCUGACAACGGUAACCCUCAUGUCUAAGCAAAUUCCAAAGCCUGACACUGAGCCAGAGGUUAGAAAGAGAUACAAUUCUGCCAAAAAUAAUGGACCAAGCGUUCAAGCAACUAUAGAGUACACAGAAGAACAAUUGGAACAUGUCAAAAGGAUAAAGAAGUGUAAAGACUAUUAUGAAAUAUUAGGUCUUAAGAAAGAUGCAACCGAUAGUGAUAUCAAAAAGUCCUACAAAAAAUUGGCCUUGCAGUUACAUCCAGAUAAGAAUAAAGCACCAGGUGCAGCUGAAGCGUUCAAAGCUAUUGGAAAUGCUGUAGCUAUCUUAACUGACUCAGAGAAAAGAAAGCAGUAUGAUAUGUACGGAAAUGAAGAACGAGUCAGCUCUAGAUCACCGCAUACUCAUUAUAGCUAUACAAGAGGUUUUGAAGCUGACAUAACAGCUGAAGAACUGUUUAAUAUGUUCUUUGGUGGAUUUCCUCAACAAGAUUUUUACAUGCGAAGAGGUGGUGGAAGGUGGAUGAGACGUGAUGAAGCUCAUGCCCAUAACAAUACUCAUAAUCAUCAACAACAAGCCAAUGGUUACACUACAUUCCUUCAAAUGUUGCCUGUAUUAUUGUUAAUAGUCUUAUCGAUGAUGAGUAGUUUUUUCAUCUCUGAUCCUGUUUAUAGUUUGCAUGUGAAUUCCAAAUAUCCAGUGCUUAGAACAACUCAAAAUUUAAAAGUACCCUACUAUGUAAAAGAAAACUUUCAUACAGAGUAUGAUGGUAAUGUGAGAAGACUGGAACAUUCUGUAGAAGAAGAAUAUACAAAUUUUUUACGACACUCUUGUUAUCGAGAAAGAAAUUACCGAGAAUCUAUGAUGUGGAAAGCAAGAAGUUUUGGUGAUCAAGAACAAUAUCAGAGAGCACGGAACAUAGAAACACCUUCUUGUCGAAAACUUCAAGAUUUGACUGCAUAGUUUAUCUAUGUUGAAGAAAGAUUUUGAUUACAAAUUUGUAAUUUCAAACUAGCUUUACUUCAAAUUUAUUUAUGAGUUUGCGCAAGAAAAUUAUGGAGAAAUUCUGUUGAUAGGUUUACUGUACAAAGUAUUACAUCUAAGAUCAAUUUCUUGGAUGUUAUUAUAGAAAUGAAUUUAAGAAAUUUAUUAGGGACUUUUAUGAGUUCUAGGUUGAGCAUUAUGGGUAAAAUUUUUAAGUUUUAUCUUGCCUUACUAAAUACAAUUUACCGAAUACAAUUUUCGAAAAACUGAAGCAUAAUAAUUUCGAAAAACUAAAGCAUAAUAAUUUCGAAAUUAUUUGAAAACUACAGCUUAGUUUGGUGAAGUAAAUCAAUUCACAAAUAUAAAUUCUAUUUGAUUAAAUCUAUCUCUCAGAUCAAUAGCUAAAGCAAUUUAAUUUAUUUCAAUUUGUUAUUUAAAUAGAUUAAUUUAAAAUGGCACUCAAAACUAAAUUCACUAAAAUAAUGGCAUUUUGAGAAUUGAAAUAAUUAUCUUUUUAAUUAAAUAAAUACCGAAUCAUUUUGUACAUACCGCACUGUUUCAACAAUACAAUUGUCCAAAAAAUUGUUGGAUUAUCCAAAUAUUUAAGGGCUAUAAAUGAUAUUGUUUAGAAAAAAUUAUAUUAUUUGUUAACAAAUUUUAAUUAAACUUAUUACAUACAUUUGCGUGUAAAUAUGAUUAUGUCUAUAUUUGUUGAUGCUUUACACAGUAAAAAAAUAAAUUAUUUGUCAAUUAUUCAUAAUUAUUGACAAAUUUUAAAAUAUGAUUCGUAUGAUCAAAAAUACUGUUUAAUAAUGACAAAUGAGAACAUUUUCUAUCAAUUCUAUAGA